ACCGCCGGAAAUUCAUUCCACGCUUCGACUCGUCCCGCAGUCAGUCGCGAGACGCAACAACACACUGAAAUUAUCGGAGAAGUUCGCAAUUAAAUCGUCUUUACGACACACAAUACACUAAUAAUGUCUGACAACGAAGACAAUUUUGAUGACGGAGACUUCGAUGAUGUUGAAGAUGAAGAGCCUCUGGAUGAUCUGGAGAAUGUGGAAGAUGAGGAUCAGGAGAACGUCCAGAUCCUGCCGGCGGGAGAAGGUCAUCAGGCCAAUCAGAAGAGAAUCACCACACCGUACAUGACCAAAUACGAGCGCGCGCGAGUGCUGGGGACACGAGCGCUGCAGAUCGCCAUGUGUGCGCCGGUGAUGGUGGAGCUGGAAGGAGAGACGGAUCCGCUGCAGAUCGCCAUGAAGGAGCUCAAGAGCAGGAAGAUCCCCAUAAUCAUCCGCCGGUAUCUUCCUGACGGCAGUUAUGAGGACUGGGGCUGUGACGAGCUCAUCAUCACCGACUGACACACACACACACACACAGAUCGGUGUGUCUCAUCAGUGUUUACAGCGCAGGUCUCCUCAUGUGUGUGUUCUGCUGUGUUUAUAGUGGAGGUUUGGUUUCAUCCUGCAGGUCUGGUGAUCGUCCACAUGAGGGCAGCACACACACACACACACUUCACUCUGAAUCUCCUUAUUUAAUGUCUAUUUGUGUUUUAUUGAUGCCAGAUUAAACCUUUUUGUAGUAAACGCCA